AUGACUGAUCUUACCAGUUCAAAGUCAGUAACCGAUUAUGGUUGUACCAAAUGCGCAGAUAAACUUCAUCGGUAUAUAUGUGAUCAUUCACUGCGUCUUUCUGAAGCACAAAAGUGGUUAUUACAAGAGACUAGCAAACAUCCACUGUCAUUUAUGCUUUUCUCCAGCAUAGAAAUGCAACUUCUAUCGAAUUUGUGUUAUGCGAUAAAUGCUAGAAAGACAAUUGAUAUUGGAGUUUAUACUGGAUAUAGUUCAUUGUCUGUGGCGGAAGUAUUGCCAUCAGAUGGACGUGUAGUAGCCUUGGACAUAACAGAUGAAUAUUUGAAAGACUAUUGUUUACCAGUAUGGAAGAAGGCAGGUGUAGAAUCGAAAAUUGACUUCCGACUCGGUCCAGCUGUUGAUACUCUACAAACUUUGAUUGAUAAUGGAGAGAGUGAAACAUUCGAUUUCGCCCUGAUCGAUGCUGAUAAAGAAAACUAUAGUAAUUAUUAUGAACUAUGUUUAAAACUAGUACGACCUCGUGGAAUCAUCGCCAUUGAUAAUGUUAUAUGGAGGCAACGUGUGCUCGACGAGAAUGAUAACAAUCCUGAAACUGUUGGUAUAAGAGAAAUGAAUGCUUUGAUAGCUAAAGAUAACUCUGUUCGAAUUUCUUUCUUAAGAACUGGAGAUGGACUGACAAUUGUUGUGAAGAAUUGA